AUGGAGUGGUUGGGGCAUGCGAUGGUGUCGGUGGCGUUCAGUGUGGCGUUUUCAUACGCGGGCUACCGAAAACGAUCACUGGAUGCCUCGGGCGGGUUGGCGGCAUUCGUGGUGGGCCUACUGACGUGCCUCGCCGGCUACCGAUUCGCGGCGGUGCUCAUUCUCUUCUUCAUCUCUUCAUCCUUCCUCACCAAGCUCAGCCCCCACAAGAAGCGAAAGAUCGAAGCCGACUUCAAGGAGGGCGGACAACGCGACUGGCUGCAAGUGGUGGCAAACGCUCUGCUUGGCACGCUGCUGUGUGUCGUGUGGCUGCAAGCGGUGGGUGUGGGCGAUCGCUACUUCCUUGACUUCGGUGCCCAGCCCGUGCCCAGCCUUAUCCUCGCCGCCUUCUUGGGGCACUACGCAUGCUGCAAUGGCGACACCUGGGCCAGCGAGCUCGGUGUGCUGGCCAAAGGUAGUCCUGUCCUCAUCACCACCUUCAAGCAGGUACCCAAGGGAACGAACGGUGCGCUGUCGCCACUCGGCACUGCGGCCUCGCUUGGCGGAGGUCUGUUCCUUGGCCUGGUGUUCUUCAUCUCCAGCGCCCUCUUCUGCGUUGAGCCCACGUCCGCCCCCCAGUGGCCCGUCAUCCUCGUCGGCGGCUUCGCUGGCUUCGUCGGCUCGCUGCUGGACUCGCUGCUCGGAGCGACGCUGCAGUACUCGGGGUUCUGCUCUCGACAGCAAAAGGUGGUCUCCCAGCCCGGACCCACAGUCAAGCAUCUCACCGGCGCCGACCUCCUCACCAACGGCCAGGUCAACUUCGUGUCGGCGCUGCUGACAGCCCCGCUCACCGCUGCGGUGACCUACGCCGUGAUGGCCUGA